AUGCAUGCAUGUGUUUGGGUGUGUGUGUGUGUGUGUGUGUGCGUGUGUCAUGCGGUUGAUGCAUUGCCUCAAGCUGUGAUACCUCCCACAGCAUCGGCAGACGACUGCCAAGCUCAAGGAACCAUGGCUGCAGACAUGGCGCAAGUGUUCGCCGUGCCGGCAGAGGCGGAGCACCGAACCCAAGAGAUUCUGAGUGCGUUACGGCAAAGGCCAGCGGCCGCGCCGGCCACGCCGGCAGCCGGUGAGGCAUCCUCAAAUGCCUGCUUCCGGCUCGCUGGGCUCAGUGCCGGUGCUGCAGCUGUACUAGUUGCCAGUCGCAGACAGAGGAUCUCGACUCGAGCCAGGACGGUGCGAGAGGCCAAGGCGAGAAAAAUCUUGUACAGGGAGGACGGCCGCAAAAAUUUGAUGCGUGGCAUCGAGAAGCUCGCAGAGACAGUGGCAGUGACUCUCGGACCGAGAGGGCGGAACGUCCUCCUGGACAAGGGUGAGUUCUCUGCGCCGCAGAUCGUGAACGAUGGUGUUACCAUCGCCAAAGAAAUCGAGCUGGAGGAUCAGGUGGAAAACACCGGCGUGCAGCUGAUCAGGCAGGCAUCGGCGAAGACGAACGACGUGGCGGGAGAUGGUACCACGACCGCCACUAUCUUGGCUCAUGCCAUGGUGAAGAGUGGAAUGAAGCAGCUUGUCGGGGGAGCCAACCCUGUUCAGAUCAAGUCCGGCAUGGAGAAGGCUGCAGCGUACAUUGUCGGGCAGAUCGAAGACAUGGCCGCUCCCGUGAGUGACAAGGACAUGGACAAGAUCGAGCAAGUGGGAGCCAUCUCUGCGGGUGGAGACGACGAGGCCAUUGGCCGCACCACAGCAUCUCAUCUCCUCGUGGCUGCAGAGCGUGCCGAGGCGGGGAAGAUGAUUGCAGACGCCAUGGCCAAGGUCGGUGGAAGUGGUGUGAUCUCUUUGGAGGAGUCCCAGUCGACCACUACCGAAGUAGAAUUGACGGAGGGAAUGAAUUUGGACAAGGGAUAUUUGUCUCCGUACCUGUGCCUCGAUGCAUCCAACCCGACGAGCCGAACUUGGGAAGCGAAUGCACCGCUCGUCCUGGUCACGGACCAGAAGAUCUCCAUGGCCCAACAGGAGUUGAUCCCCAUCUUGACCAUUGCAAAGCAGAUGUCUAAGCCACUCCUUGUCGUGGCGGACACCAUCGAGAAAGAGGUGCUGGCGACGUUGAUCGUAAACAAAAUUCGAGGCAUUGUCGACUGCUGUGCGAUUCAAGCACCCGGUUUCGGUGACAACCGAAAGGCCAUUCUGCAGGACAUUGCCUUGGUGACCAACGCCACGUACAUCACAGAGGACCUGGGGCGCAAGUUGGAGUCCAUCACGGCCGAGGACUUCGGCUCAGCCCGCCGAAUAUCCGUGGGCAAGGACUCGACCACAAUUGUGGCAGAUGCACCCAAAGAGGCUCUGGAAGAGCGCUGCGAGCAGCUCCGAAGGCAAAUCGAGGAGACGAAGAGCAGCUACACGAAGGAGCAGCUCGAGAAGCGCCUCGCCAAGCUUGUGGGCGGCGUUGCCCUGAUCAAGGUUGGUGCGACAACGGAGACUGAGUUGAAGGACAAGAAGCUCCGACUGGAAGAUGCGAUCAAUGCGACCAAGGCCGCAGUGGAUGAAGGCAUCGUACCCGGCGGCGGUGCAGCUCUGUGCCACCUCUCGCAAGCGCUGCGAUCGUGGGCGCCGGAGAAUCUCUCAGAGGACGAGCUGAAGGGUGCCCUCAUCGUUGCCGACUCCAUGAGCGCACCUCUCAAGCGCAUUGCGGCAAACUCUGGCCAAAAUGGCGAGCUCGUUGCUGAAAAGGUUGCAGAUACCGCAGACACGAAGCAAGGCUUUGAUGCGCUGAUGUUGGAGUAUGCGGAUAUGCUCGAGCGGGGCAUCAUCGAUCCGGCGAAGGUCACCCGAUCCGCCCUGCAGAAUGCAACCUCCAUUGCAGCCAUGAUUUUGACUACCGAGUGUGUGGUCGUCGACGCUGACAGCAAGGAUGACGAUGCCGACGAUGGGGAGGAGGAUUUUGACGCCCUGCCGGCUUCGUUGAGUCUUUUUCGGAAAAGGCUGAGGCAAGUGCGAAAAUGA